AUGCAAGGCCCGCAGAAGGAGGCGAGGAAUUAUGUCGGAGUCCAGGACUUGAGGACCUGGUGGAGUAGCUGGAAGUCCUCAGGCCCCAGAGCUUGGGAAAGGAAAGCUCUGGUCGGUUAUCUGGGCGCACCCAGAAAAGCAAUUUCCAUCGUCCUCUGUGGUUGCCCGCCCAGCCCCGCGCUGGUCUUCAGGUGCCAGGAGCAGCGUGCUGGGCGGCGGCUUUCGAGUCUCGGGAGCCGGGAGCUGGCGAGGGCGAGCUCAGUGGCGGUGCUGUUCGGGUUGAAGGGGGAGCGAGGGAAGCAACCGAGCAGGAAAGGGCGUGCUGUCCUUUGCGGCCGGCUGGAGGAGCAGCCGGGUAGGCAGCAUUGUUACCUGCAGCGGCCCCGCCCCUCCGCAACGCCCUGCCCCCCUCACCGUCCCCGGCCUGCAGUCCUGCGGAGAGACGGCGGCGCCGGGACAGCGGGCGGAGGCUGCGCGGGCGCCGGGAGCGGGGGCGCGGUCUGGAAGCUGACAUGCAGCUCGGUUGCCUUCUCUUCUGGCAACAGACUUAUGAGCCAAGAAGUCCGACUGGAGUUUGAUGUUUGUGUCUGCUUCUCCAAGGUUAAGGAAUUAGCUCCUUAGAAGGCAA